UUCGACGUUUAGUCUCUUUUUUCGUCUUACUCAUAGGUAGGUACAUAUUUCUUUUUACUUAAAAAUUUUAUACAGGGUGAACUUUUAACCACCAGUCAUACUCUGCGCAGCGACUUUAUAGGUCAUACUUAACAACUUUUACUAUGGGACCAAUUCCGAAAUCGCGAAAAAAAUUUUGACUGUCCCAUAUAAAGGUGCGACCGACUUUACCAGACCAACACUUUUCCAAACUGAGCUACAGCUGUCCGAUGAAGUUAAGUACUUAGGACUAACUCUCGACAAUAAACUCAAUUGGAACAACCACAUCAACAAACGGAUAGACAAGGCGGGAGUUGUCUUCUGGCAGUGCAGAAGGAUGAUUGGUAAGAGGUGGGGACUCAACCCGAAAAUUACCCUCUGGCUCUAUAAGACGAUAAUCCGCCCCUUACUCUGUUACGGUGCUCUGGUUUGGUGGCCAAGAACAAACCUAGGCAACGUACGAGACAAACUACAAAGACUUCAAAGGCUCGCAUGCGCGGUCACCACUGGCUGCACGAGGUCUACCCCGACUGCAGCCAUGGAGGUCAUGCUAAACCUUCCACCGCUGCACCUACACAUACAGCAAGAGGCCAGUCUCUCAGCGGUAAGGUUGCGAACCCUCAAGAUAUGGUCUAACAUCACAGGAGCUCUUCACACAAAAUGCCUGGAAAAGGUGUAUGAUGAAUUUCCAGUGCUUAGGUCAGGCACGGACCGGAUUCACAAACAAGCUAUCUUCGAUAAAAGGUACAAAAUACAGUUAUAUGAGGACGACAAUCAUGAAGGACUCAAUCCCCGGGAGCUGAGAAUCUUCACUGAUGGGUCCAAAACAGACAGCGGAUCGGGCUCUGGAACCUUCUCAGAAGACCUGAACAUGUCGAUCACCACUCCGCUAGGAGCCCAUAACUCGGUAUUCCAAGCUGAGUGCAUGGGCAUCAUAAACGCGGCGGCUGCCAUCACUGCAAGGAAGAUAGUAGGAUCCUCCAUCCGCAUACUCUCCGACAGUAGAGCAGUCUUAAUGGCUCUAAAUAGCCAUAUAGUUACAUCCAAACUUAUACACGAAUGCCACGAACGACUAAUGGAGGUAUGUCAUAAUAACAAGUUCACCCUACAAUGGAUCAAGGGACACAGUGGAUCCCGAGGUAACGAUGCUGCGGACGAGCUUGCCAGGCAAGGAUCGAAUGCGGGGGCGAUUGGUCCGGAACCGAUUCUUCCGAUACCAUUUAGCAAGGUACGCUCAAUGCUGCUGGCACGUACAGGGAAACUACACACAGAACACUGGCUGAACCAGACUGGAUGCAGACAGGCAAAAGAAGCCAUGCCUGGCAUCAACAGAAAACUCACAAGGGCGCUCCUGCAACUAGGGAAGGUCCGACUGAGUAUGGUAACCAGUGUCAUAACAGGUCAUGGACUAUUUAACAAACAUCUUUUCACAACAGGUGUCACAGACAGUCCCCUGUGCCGAGGUUGCAUGGAGACAGAAGAAACAGCCUCUCACGUGGUGCUGGAAUGCAGCGGAGUGACUCCAUACAGGGCUAAACAUCUCGGAUCUCCGAGAGACCUCCCCGAGGUCCUACUCAACAUUAAAGGUUUGAUAGGAUUCCUCGAGGAGCUGGGCUGGCAGGACUAGCCCACCCCCAACAUAUCACGCAAAAUAGGCGCAAGUCGUCGAGUUGCGGAAAAGUCGCCCGAAUACAAUACAAUACAAUACAAUACAAGGUGCGACCAGACCGCAGCUUAAAAAACGGUCACGAUACGGAAUCGCAGUGACGCGUCGUAUGCGUACCGUUUUUGACGCAUGCUCCCCACACCGCUGUUUAAAAAACGGUGACGGUACGGAAUCGCAGUGACGUGCUUCACGCGAAUCUUUUUUGUUCGCAAAACAGUUGCGUCUUUUACGUCACCGGUACGGUGUCUGCCAUAAGAUCUCCGUGUAAUAUUUUUUGCGAUUUUUACGCAGUUCAAUUUACGGUGCGUCAGCUUAUUUUAAGCAGCGGUGUGGCGAGCAUGCGUCAUGGACCCGGGUACGUCCUUAAACUACGUCCAAAAGAGAGGUAUGGGCAUUGUGAAUGUCAUCUCGCUUUGUGUGGUAGGGCACAGCCAGUGGGUGUCAUUCCAGAUCCAAAUUUUCUUGCGUGAUUCGGCAUUGGUCCCAUAAUAAAAGUUGUUCAGUAUGACCUGUAAAGUCACUGCGCAGAGUAUGGCUGGUGGUUAAAAUUUCAUCUUAUACCUAUAUUCGACAUAAGUAGUAAGUACUUACAGACCAACUAUGAUACACAUUUUGCCUGUAUAGUGAUACAUAGUGAAUAAAUUAAUACCUGAUUUAAAAAAUAAAACAAAAAUAACAAAUAGCAUGUUAUUUAAUUCAGUAAUCACUAAUCAGUCUUAAACAAUGAACAUCAUACUUUUAGAUUAGACAACAAAAUGUAUAUUUAUACUGUGUUUCGACUUGAAAGAUUUUACUGCUUUAAAACAUAAGACAAACCUACCAACCAAAUGUA